CCUCAAUUAUAACAACAAAUUCAAAUUUUUAACUCUCUAACGGCUACAUUUCUCUCUCUCCACCCUCUUUCUGCUUCUUCUCUCGUCUGCUCCUCCUUCUCUGUCGCUGCCUUGCCCAAAACCCUCUCUCUCUCUCUCUUUCUGUGUGUGUUGUCUGUAGAAUUUCCACAAUGAAGCAUUUUAUGCAGCCAAGAAACACGAUCUUGAGAGAAGCACACGCCAAUGGUGAGUCGCCAUCACAGUCGCCGAACCCUAGCUCUAACAAAUCGAAGCCAUCGCCACCGCCGUCUUCUUCUCGGAGGCAAAUGGUUUCUAAAGAAAACGCUCCGCCGUCAGAUCUGAACUCUAUGCCACCGCCGCCAGAUCAGAAACCCUCACAGUCCCCUGCUACCAAGAUGAAGUGUUCGUUACCGCCUAGGCCUCCGUCCUCUAACCCUCUAAAGCGCAAACUCUGCAUGGAAACUUUUCCGGAGAAUGCUCUCCCAGAUUCUGGCGUUAAGAUUAUUGUGCGCAUGCGGCCAUUAAACAAGGAUGAAGAGGAGGGGGAAACAAUAAUUCAAAAAGUAUCUGAUGAUUCUUUGUCAAUCAAUGGCCAGACCUUCACAUUUGACUCAGUUGCUGAUGCACAAUCGACACAGCUAGACAUUUUCAAUCUUGUUGGGGCGCCUCUUGUUGAAAAUUGUCUUGCUGGAUUUAACAGUUCAGUAUUUGCUUAUGGACAGACGGGAAGUGGAAAGACCUACACUAUGUGGGGACCAGCAAAUGCCCUCCUGGAAGAAAACUUAUCCAGCGAUCAACAAGGUUUAACUCCCCGUGUCUUCCAAAGACUCUUUGCCCGCAUAAAUGAGGAGCAAAUUAAACACGCUGACAAACAACUCAAGUAUCAAUGUCGCUGCUCUUUCCUUGAGAUUUAUAAUGAGCAAAUAACUGAUUUGUUGGAUCCAAACCAACGAAACCUCCAGAUAAGGGAAGAUGUGAAAUCUGGAGUCUAUGUUGAAAAUCUAAGAGAGGAAUAUGUAUUUACCAUGAAAGAUGUCACUCAGCUUCUAAUGAAGGGUUUGUCCAACCGCAGGACUGGUGCAACCAGUAUAAAUGCUGAGAGUUCUCGUUCACAUAGUGUUUUCACUUGUCUUGUGGAAUCUCGAUGCAAGAGCAUGUCAGAUGGUAUAAGCAGCUUAAAAACAAGUAGAAUAAAUCUUGUUGAUCUAGCUGGGUCCGAACGACAAAAGUUAACAGGUGCUGCAGGGGAACGUUUGAAGGAAGCAGGGAAUAUAAAUCGAUCUCUGUCACAGCUUGGGAACUUAAUAAACAUUCUUGCUGAAGUUUCCCAAACAGGAAAGCAAAGGCAUAUUCCUUAUAGAGACUCCAGGUUGACAUUUCUGUUGCAAGAUUCUCUUGGUGGCAAUGCAAAAUUAGCAAUGGUGUGUGCUGUUUCUCUUGCAAAAAGUUGUAAGAGUGAGACUUUCAGUACAUUGAGGUUUGCGCAGCGUGCAAAGGCAAUUAAGAACAAGGCAGUUGUUAAUGAAGAGAUGGAGGAUGACGUGAAUCACUUGCGAGAAGUAAUCCGGCAGCUGCGGGAUGAAUUACAUCGAGUGAAGGCGAAUAGCAACAAUCCAACAGGUUGGGAUCCUCGAAAAAGUUUGAACAUAUUGAAAAGCCUUAUUCAUCCACAUCAACGACUAACUCAAGUAGAUGAGGAUGGUGAUGAGGAGAUGGAAAUUGAUGAGGAAGCUGUUGAAAAUCUUUGCAAUGAAGUAGGACUGCAACCAGCCGGGACCAAAGGUUGCAGUAGCAUUAACAAGGAACAAAGUGCUGUUGCAGAUGUUGAGAUGGAAGAAGGAACAGUUGAACAAGAUGAGAAACAUGAAAAUGUUAAGAUUGUUGAUUGUGCUGAACCUGUUAGAAAUGCCCAAGGUUGUUCCGAUGUUAAUGACAAGGAACCAGUCCAUCUACUCAUUCACACACUCGAUGAGGAUCCUUCUAGAAAGCCCUGCAAUAAUGAUGACAAUGAGAAAAGGAAUUUUAGCUCUUCUGUCAGUAAAUUGUCAACUGAAGAAUCCCCUAGCAGAAUGGUGGAAGUUCGUACUUCAUGCGUUGUAUCUGAUUCUCUAACUGGACCUUCUGUGGGAAUUUUAGUGGUAGGUGCUGCCAAUGAUUCUCAAAACAAUGCAAUGAAUUGUGAGUCACCUUCUAGCCUCAGCAUAGUCCCAUGUGAAGCUUCGCCAAUUCUUAAAUCUCCAACUCCGUGUGUUUCUCCCAGAAUCAACAGCAGCAGGAAAAGUCUCCGUACUUCAUCAAUGUUAACUGCUUCCCAGAAAGAUUCUAAGAAUGAAACAAACUCAAACCAAGAGGAUGUAAAGGGAUCUUUGAAGAAGUCCAUGAAAAGCAGCUCUUCUAAUGCUCUAACUACUCGAGCAAGCAAAAGUUUUCUUGCACCAAUGGAGCAUUUAGCUGCUAGCCUCCAUCGAGGCCUAGAAAUUAUUGAUAGUCACCGCAAGAGUUCAGCAUUCAUGGGAUCGUCCUUCCGGUUUUCAUGUAGACCUGCAGAAUCUAAGAAAAUUUUGCUGGUCGAAAAAGUUGAUGCAGGUGUGCAAACUUUUCCUCAAGAUAAUGGCAUAACAGAAGAAGAUGGAGGAGCAUUUUUAUGUAAGAGUUGCAAGAGCAAGAAACAAUUGGAGGACAAAGAUGCUGAUGACAGCUCAAACUUGCAGUUAAUACAUAUCAAUGGCUCAGAGUCUGCUGAUAAAUCCAAAAACCAAGUUCCCAAAGCAGUGGAGAAGGUUUUGGCAGGAGCCAUCCGGAGAGAAAUGGCUCUAGAGGAGUUUUGUGCCAAACAAAAUUCUGAGAUAAUGCAGCUUAAGCGUUUGGUGCAACAGUACAAGCAUGAGAGGGAAUGCAAUGCCAUUAUAGGGCAAACAAGGGAGGAUAAAAUUCUUCGCCUUGAAAGCCUUAUGGAUGGUGUUUUACCCACAGAGGAGUUCAUGGAGGAAGAGCUAGCAUCACUUAUGCAUGAACAUAAGUUGUUGAAGGAGAAAUAUGAGAAUCAUCCUGAAGUUCUGAGGACAAAUAUUGAGCUAAAAAGAGUUCAAGAUGAGCUAGAACAUUAUCGGAAUUUCUGUGAUUUGGGUGAAAGGGAAGUGCUGUUGGAAGAAAUUCAGGACUUAAGAAACCAAUUGCAGUAUUAUAUUGACUCUUCAUCUGCAUCUGCUCUUAAAAGAAAUUCAGUAUUGCAGUUGACCUAUUCAAGUGAGCCUAGUGUGGCUCCAUCUCUUAGCACAAUUCCAGAGGCAGUUGAGGGGAGUGCUGAAGUGAAACUUGAACAGGAGAGAGUGCAAUGGACUGAGGCAGAGAGCAAGUGGAUUUCGCUUGCUGAAGAAUUGAGGGCAGAACUUGAUGCUACCCGGGUGGUAGCUGAAAAAAGGAGGCAGGAAUUAGAGAUGGAGACGAGAUGUGCAGAAGAGUGGAAGGAAGCAAUGCAAAUGGCCAUGGAGGGACAUGCACGCAUGCUUGAACAGUAUGCAGACCUUGAGGAAAAACAUAUCCAAUUACUUGCAAGGCACAGAAAGAUCCAGGAAGGGAUAGAUGAUGUCAAGAAAGCUGCUUCUAAAGCUGGAGUAAGGGGUGCCGAAUCCAAGUUUAUAAAUGCCCUUGCUGCGGAAAUUUCAGCAUUGAAAGUGGAAAGAGAAAAAGAGAGGCGAUAUCUUAGAGAUGAAAAUAAGGCACUUCAGGUUCAAUUGAGGGAUACUGCCGAGGCUGUACAAGCUGCUGGUGAAUUACUAGUAAGGCUGAAAGAAGCAGAAGAAGCUGUUGCUACAGCACAGAAGCGAGCAGCGGAUGCAGAACAAGAAACUGCAAAGGCAUGUCAACAGAUUGAUAAAUUAAAGAGAAAACAUGAGUACGAGAUAAACACUCUUAAUGAUCUCCUCGCAGAGUCUCGUCUACCCAAAGAAGCACUACAAUCUGUUCACAAUGAUGGUGAAAGAGCCAAGUACGAUACAGUUGAGCAUCUUAGUGAAGGUGAGCGAUGGAGAGAGGAAUUUGAGCCAUUUUGUAAUAAGGAUGACUAUGGUGAGUUAUCGAAACUUGCAGAACCCUCAUCAUGGUUUUCUGGGUAUGAUAGGUGCAACAUAUAGAGAGAUACUUAUCAUUACAGCGAUGUGUGCAUUACUAACAGUUCUGUGAGAUAGCUUGGAAGUCGUAGCUUUUUACAUUUUAUCUAGGUGAUAACAGUUCUUACCAUUUGUGAGAACCGAUAUGCCUAUAUGGUUCUCAAGAUGUAUUGUAUUCAAAUUGAGAUUAUUGCAGUUCAUAAGAGUUGAAUGAAUGAUAUUGUUUUAUUUAUAC